AUGGGUUCAAAAAAAUCUCUCCGGUAUGAAGUUCUCGUGUAUCCACCUAAGGAACAAUCGCAUUCGACUUCCUCCAAUUCGGUUUCUCAGCCAUUAUUGAGAACUCAGAUUCAAAGAUUUACAUGUGACAGAGAAAAUAUGCAGCAAUACUGGAUUCCUGAAGGAUAUCAUCCUGUUCUGGUUCCUCGUCCUUGCUUACAAUCUUGUAUAUCUGCUGCUAAUAAUGACAAUAUGACUACGUCUGCUUCGGUUGGUAAUUCCCAUACAUUACCUAAUAACUCUUCUAAUGGUCCUUCAAGUCCUCUUCAAGUAAGGUCUGCCGCUGCUACUCCUAAUGUAAUAAUUGGUAGUGAUGGCACGAUAAAUUCUCAAUCUAUGAUGAAAAGACGUCGUCUUGUAAAAAACCAGAUCAUUGUUCCUAGACUGUCCCCGAGGUCAUUAAAUGCUCAAGCAUUAUAUUAUUUUCAAAAACGUAGAGAAUUAACAAUGGGUGCUGUUCCUGAUCAUCCUUCAAAAACUAUCGGUCAAAUGUGGCAAGAAGAACCGGACUCUGUAAAAAGACAUUAUGAAAGACUUACUCUACGAAUAAAAAUUGAACAAGCUCUUUUAGCGAGAGCAAAGCAAAGACGACAUCAUCCAUAUAAUAUAGACCGAAAUAACUACGUCACCUCUUUAACUGAUUCAUCACGUGUCGCUCGUCAAUGCCCUUUGCAGCGUACUAUGUUGAACAAUUCAUCAUUUAAUGUCAACGGUUCUUUAAAUAGUACUAAUGUUUCGUCAACAGAAAAUAUCUCUGAUAAUAUGUGUAAUGCUUUACCUUCCUCGCAAGGCUUUACGCAAAGUCACAUGUUAAAUUCGAAUACCCUUCCGGUUUCUUCCUACCGAAAUGUUCAAAAUAAGAGUGCUGAUAACAUUGUAGGAAACGAUAGUUCCUCGUCAUCCGACACCGAUGAUUCGGACAGAUUUUUUAGUGUAUCUCACAACGAUUUUAUGAACGCUGACAAUUCUUAUGGGGAACAAUUCGAUUCACCGAUAUCCUCACAAUCUUCCUCGCCAAAAGUUUCCGCAACCCAAACAAGCGAUAACAAUUAUGAUAUCCCAGACACGGAUUGGAUGACGCGUUCCGACGACGAUUACGAUAAUAGCGAUGCCGAAUACGAUGAAGACGACAACGAAGGCUUCGACUAUUAA